UUGGUGCCGGUGCUGAGGAAGCGAGGUGGCGAUUGGCCCUGGUGAAUGCCAUUGCGCCCGUCUGGCGGUUGAGGGGCGGGGCCUCAGGAGGCUUGGAUGGGAGCGGGUGGCGGAGGCGGCGGGGAGCAGAGACCAGAGCGCCGGGAAAAGCAUCGGACACUCUUCCACCAUGCUGAUGGCAUUUUAAAUAUAUUUGCCAAUUUUCCCAAAGUUUAACUGAAGAAGACCUUAAGAAUUUAUCCUUGAGGCAGAAAGUGUGACUGCCACUUAUCAGGCUUUCAGGAUGAAUCUGGAAAAACUCAGCAAGCCUGAACUCCUAACACUAUUCAGUAUUCUUGAAGGAGAGCUUGAAGCAAGGGACCUCGUGAUAGAGGCUUUAAAGGCGCAACACAGAGAUACGUUCAUUGAAGAACGCUACGGGAAAUACAACAUCAGUGAUCCUUUAAUGGCUCUACAGAGAGACUUCGAGACGCUGAAGGAGAAGAAUGAUGGCGACAAGCAGCCAGUCUGCACAAACCCACUCUCCGUCCUGAAGGUGGUGAUGAAGCAGUGUAAGAACAUGCAGGAGCGCAUGCUGUCGCAGCUGGCGGCCGCCGAGAGCAGGCACCGCAAAGUGAUCCUGGACCUUGAGGAAGAAAGGCAGAGGCAUGCGCAAGACACAGCUGAAGGAGAUGAUGUCACCUACAUGCUGGAGAAAGAGAGAGAGCGGCUGACUCAGCAGUUGGAAUUUGAGAAGUCCCAAGUGAAAAAGUUUGAGAAAGAGCAGAAGAAGCUGUCCAGUCAGCUGGAGGAGGAGCGCUCCCGACACAAGCAGCUCUCAUCCAUGCUGGUGCUCGAGUGCAAGAAAGCCACCAGCAAGGCGGCCGAGGAGGGCCAGAAGGCAGGCGAGCUGAGCCUGAAACUGGAGAAGGAGAAGAGCCGGGUGAGUAAACUGGAGGAAGAACUGGCGGCUGAGAGGAAGCGAGGCUUGCAGACAGAGGCCCAGGUGGAGAAGCAGCUGUCCGAGUUCGACAUCGAGCGAGAGCAACUGCGAGCAAAACUGAACCGAGAAGAGAACCGCACCAGAACCCUGAAGGAAGAGAUGGAGAGUUUGAAGAAGAUAGUGCAGGAUCUGGAGGCUUCUCACCAGCACAGCAGCCCUCCUGAGCAAGCGAAGAAGCCGGUGACCAUGUCUAAAGGCACGGUGACCGAGCCUCCCGUGCUGGUGUCUGUGUUCUGCCAAACCGAAAGUCUGCAGGCAGAAAGAACCCAGGGGAACAGCGCAGCCAAGGGGACAGCCACUGGGCUGCCUGGUCCCGCCACUCCUACUUACGCGUAUGCAAAAGCCAAUGGCCAUUUUGAGCCCGAGAUGCAGACUGCCCGGGAGCCAGGGGCAGGCAGCAGCGUAGAAAACCAAGUGCCUCCACGAGAGAGAUCUGUGGGGUCUCUGGGGUCGGCCCAAGAGAAAGCAGUGGAGAAUGGCGGGUGUCCUGUGGGAAUCGAGACUCCUGGCCCAGCACCUGGUCACCUCCCGUCCAGUGGGGGCUCGCUGUCUCCCAGCAGCACAGCCUCCUCCUCCCUCACAUCCUCUCCUUGCUCCUCCCCAGUGCUAACUAAGCGCCUGCUGGGGUCGUCAGCCAGCAGCCCUGGCUACCAGUCAUCCUACCAAGUAGGGAUCAACCAGCGGUUCCAUGCAGCCCGGCACAAAUUUCAGUCUCAAGCAGAUCAGGACCAACAGGCCAGUGGUGUGCAGAGCCCCCCAUCCAGGGACCUGUCUCCCACCCUCAUAGAUAACUCUGCAGCCAAGCAGCUGGCCCGCAACACCGUCACUCAGGUGCUUUCCAGAUUCACCAGCCAGCAAGGGCCGAUCAAGCCUGUCUCCCCCAACAGCUCUCCCUUCGGCACAGACUAUCGGAAUCUGGCCAACACCGCCAGCCCAAGAGGCGACGCCAGCCAUUCCCCGACUCCAGGGAAAGUGUCCAGUCCGCUGAGCCCUCUGUCUCCAGGGAUCAAGUCCCCCACCAUCCCCAGAGCUGAGAGAGGAAACCCUCCACCCAUUCCGCCCAAAAAACCUGGCCUCACCCCUUCUCCAUCUGCUACCACUCCACUGACCAAAACUCAUUCCCAGGCCUCCUCUUUGGCCACCACAGAAGACCUAGCCGUCAGCUGCUCUUCCCCGGCUGUUGUAGCUAAUGGCAAGGACGUGGAGAUACUCCUGCCUACCAGCAGCUAGUCCCUCUCGGGAGUCUCCACGGCUGACAUUCCACCGGAUUUCGUCCAAGAGCUCAGAGUCCAACCGUUGAGUCAGAUCAUGUUAUUUAUUUUGAUAGUAGCUGGAACCAUCUGUAGAAUCCAUUUAGUGUUUUUCGCCUUUUUGUAUUUUUUUAAGUAGAAACUGAGUCCUUCGGAUUUUUAUGCCUCCCACCUUUGUACUAAAGCUAGAAGGGCACCUCAAAGACGUCUCAAGCUGAGCAGUCACUGUCUCAUUGUGAUGGAGAAGGCUAACUGAGGACCGGCUGGUGAUUUGCUGUCUAUUUGGGGACUGGAAUCACUCAACACUCACGGCGAAUUAUGCAGAAGUGGUUCGUGCAGAUUUUUAUUCCAGAUGAACAUGUUUCAAAAGUGCCUGAAAUAAGACUGCCACAUGAAUGUGAUUCUGCAGCAAAAACACAGAGUGGAUCAUUUAAUUACAGAAAAUGAGAUCCUCCGUGAAUCCUGAAUGUCAAAAACCAACACUGCUUUUAAUCCUCUUUUACUGUUUUUAAUAUAAGCUUUGUGUUCAGAAACCAGGCUGCGUCAGUAGAACGGGAAUUGGAAAAAGGUGGAUGUGACCUUGCCACCAAGCUAAGCUUUCUAGAGCCCUUGAGAAUCCCUCCUGAGCAGGAAGCAGCUGGGGUGCUGAUUUUUCUCAUACUUCUGAAAAAUUAAGUCAUUUGCAGUGUCCUGCAGCAGUUCUUGAAUAGAAUGAAAUCACCUCUCCAUUCAAAAAAUGUCUUCAGGCAUCUACUGUUGUGUAAGGAACUUCUGAUUCCAAUUACUAUUACUUGAAUAGGAAAUGGUUACUUGUUCUGUAUAAAAAAAAAAAAGGUUUGCAACAGAAUGAAAUCUUUAUUAUGUAAUCAAAGAGCAAUAACUUAAAAUUCAUUGUCUUUGUAAUAUAUGUCAGAAUUAUACAGGUUUUACCAAAUUGUUACACUUAACUCUUGGAGCUGCCAGCACUUGGUGUCUGUAUCUGUGGAACCAAAUUAACUUUUCCCUAAAUGGAAGUAUACAUAGAUCUGUAUAGAUACACAGCCUUUUAUGUGUCUGACAUACACACACUUAAACACAUAAAUAUUAGUGUGAUUAUAUCUUUGAAGUUUGCAAUAUAGCAUAAAGGGCGAGUAGAAAUGCACAUUAAGAUUACUUAACAGAGCAACUCCAUGUGCCUGGGACCUAGUCGGUCAAAGGAGGAAUCUUGUCCACAGGGAUGGGCGGGGCAGGGUGGGAGGAGUUCCAGAUCAAGUCAGGUCUUCAGCACCCUAAAACACCAGAGCCAAACUGACCCGUAGCACAGAACUCAACUGGCCAUAUGAAAAGAAUGAAACAGGUCACUCGAUCGAGUGCUAUAAGUCAGCUGGGGCAGGGGAAGCUGUGGCUAACGGAACUGCCCGAGCCCCCUCUGAAAGGCAAGAGCCAGCUGCUUGUUGCCAUGCAACAGUGCUAGACCAGGGUUACCAGCUCCUCAAAUUUUUGUGAAAUCCAAAUUUUCAGAGAAACAGUCUCACUUUUAAAUAUCAAAACAGACUCAAACACAAUUUGAAACUGCUAGUUAAACACUUCUGCAGCUGGGUUUAGCUCACAGACUGCCAAAUUGCAACCUCUUUCAUUCUAGAAACUUCUGUCAUUGCCAUCAUUGUGAGUUUGUGAGGACAGACACCUCCCCCCUUUCCAGCGGGUAGUCUAGUACAGCUGACAGUGGCCAUAGAAUAUAAUGACGAUUCCCGCCCUCCAAACAGGACUGCAGCCCAGCUCAGACAAGGUGGUUAUAGGACUUUGUGGCCACAGUGAUGGAGAGGCCUUGGUGUCCUCACAUACUUUCUCCCUAGCCAACAUCUACCCAGCAGCCCUGCCUUCCUGCUGUAAUUUAAGUCUAUUUCCUCUUAAUCCAAUAUGAAUUGAUGGGGGACCGGCUGGUGAUAGAAAUCCAUGUAUAAAUCAUAAUUGGUGUCUCCAGGGCUUACGGUUUGAUUAAGACCAAUACAUCAAAAAUUGAAAUGCUCCUUGUGCCCCAGGGUGUCUACCAAUUGAUGAACGGGGUAUCUUUUAAGCUGCCCAAAGCAAUCAUGCAUUAAACUUCAUUCCCAUGCACGGCCAAAUAAAGUGAUAAAAUAGCUGAACUUCCUGAACAGGAGAGGGGCUACAGUCCCAGAGUGUUAUUACCUCUCUUGCUUGAAAUGGUAAUCUUAAAAGUUGCAUUGUGCUAUUCCUUUGUUUCGGCAUAGAUAUAUAUAUAGAGAGAGAUACUAUAAGGAAGUUUAUUUCUUAGGAAGUGCACUGAAUAAUGUAUUUCUUUUACAGUGUAAUAUGGGGGUGGGGAAAUGCAAAAGAAAUGUGUAUUUUUGCUAGUUGCCUAUCUUCUAAGAUAAAUAAGCACAAUACUGCAAUGGAUCCAGUAAUCCAGCUAGGUCUUAGAGAUUAGUAUUUAAGUUUGCUGUAGAUUGUGUGUGUGUGCUAAGUAAAAGUUCCAUGACUCACAAUUUUGGUACUAACCCACGUUGUGGACGCUAGAUGACUAGUCAGCAGAUGCUAAUGGAUGUGCCGCGCAUACCACAAGCAUUAACUCGUCGUUCUCGUUUGUAAAGCCAAGUGUACCAUGCAGAAGUCUUCAUCCAUUUUUAUAGCAGACUACAUUAAAACAAGUUAAAUCAUA